GCGACGAAUCUUGAGUGGCAUCACAUAGUGACAGUCGAGAGAGAGGAAUCAAGAGCCAUGGAAACCUGUUUAUUCUCUUCAAAAUUCUUCUCCAAAACAACAGAAAUCAUUCCUUUUAAUAGAAUACGAGUUCCUACUCUCGCAGGAAGAAAGUUUUGUCGGCAUCAGUCCAAAAAAGUAGGGAUUCGAUAUUCCAUAUCUUGUUGCCAGCUAGGUCGUAAAUCACAAUCACCUGAGGAUGAGGAGAGACCAUCGGUUGAUGUUGACUGGCGAUCAUUUAGGGCAAGGUUAGUAGCUGGAGAAAAAGCAUCCACAACAGGAGGAGGGCCUUUUUCUGCUGUUAUUGAUCCGGAUAGAGUCGCGGAUCAGCCUCCGACGAUCACAAUUGGGGACAAAUGGGCUCAUACUAUACAUGAACCCGAGAAGGGCUGCUUACUUAUAGCCACAGAGAAGCUGGAUGGCGUCCACAUUUUCGAAAGAACGGUGAUUCUGCUGCUAUCUACCGGUCCCAUAGGCCCAACUGGUAUCAUACUCAACCGGCCAUCGCUCAUGUCAAUCAAGGAAAUGAGAUCAUCUUCGGCUUUGGAUGUUGUUGGCACAUUUUCUGAUAGGCCAUUGUUCUUUGGAGGGCCCUUAGUAGAAGGGAUUUUCCUGGUGAGCCCUGAAGAUGGAAAAGAUGGGGUUGGAAAGAGUGGAGUGUUGGAGGAAGUAAUGAAGGGACUGUACUACGGAACUAAGGAGACGGUGGGUUGUGCUGCUGAGAUGGUGAAGAGGAAUGCUGUUGAGAUUGGGGACUUCAGAUUCUUUGAUGGAUAUUGUGCGUGGGAAAGAGAGCAACUGAGGGAUGAGAUAAGGUCCGGCUAUUGGACAGUAGCUGCCUGCAGCCCAAGCGUCAUUGGUCUGGCUAGUGUCGGAAGUGUUGGGCUCUGGGAGGAAAUCCUUGGGCUUAUGGGCCCUAGAAAGGUUUGGUAAUUCUUAGGCGUCAGGAAUCAUAGACUCUUUAUUUUCAGUAUUGUAAAAAGUGCAUUUUGAUUUUUGACAUCCUUGUUGUAUUGUACCCAUAUUCUUGAACCAUGGUGGAACUUUGAUUCUGGUUUAAUACAUGGUGCGAGAUCGAUCCUUAAGAUAAAUCGGGAAUUUGAAUUUCCAUCCGAAAGGAUCUCUUCUUAGUUAUAUACUCAA